GAGAUGGAUUAUUCAUAUAUUCUGGGAGGGAUACUGGCUAGUAGUUUGGCCUUUGUGUUUGUUCUGUACAGUUUUACAGAGAAGAGGAAGGCCACAAGUUCAAGUUCAUUACAUUUAAAGAGUAAUGGCAGUGCAAAGACAUCAGAAAAUGGAAUAUGCCCACAAAAUGGUGAAGGAAGUACUGACAUCAUCAUUGUUGGUGCUGGAGUUGCUGGUGCAGCCCUUGCUUACACACUUGGAAAGGAUGGUCGGCGAGUGCAUGUGAUUGAAAGGGACUUGAAUGAACCUGACAGGAUUGUUGGUGAAGUACUAAUACCUGGGGGCUAUCUCAAGUUAAUUGAGUUGGGUCUGGAGGAUUGUUUGGAUGAAAUUGAUGCUCAGCAAAUCUUUGGAUAUGUCUUUUAUAAGGAUGGGAAAGUUACCUCGUUAUCUUAUCCUUUGGAAAAAUUUGAUUCUGAUGUUUGUGGGAAAAGCUUUCACAAUGGCCGUUUCGUACAGAGAAUGAGAAAAAAGGCUUCAUCUCUACCAAAUGUGAAAUUAGAACAAGGAACUGUUACAUCUCUAGUUGAAGAAAAUGGAACCAUAAAAGGGGUGCACUACAAAACCAAGUGUGGACAAGAACUCAUAGCAAAGGCUCCCCUCACCAUAGUGUGUGAUGGUUGUUUUUCCAACUUGAGGCGCUCUAUUUGCACCCCUAAGGUUGAAGUGUCCUCUCAUUUUGUUGCACUAGUCUUGGAGAACUGUAAUCUUCCAUAUGCAAAUCAUGGACACGUUAUCUUUGGUGAUCCUUCAACAAUUUUAAUUUAUCCCAUUAGUAGCACUGAGGUUCGCUGUUUUGUUGAAUUUCAUGGCCAAAAGUUACCUUCCAUUGGUAAUGGUAAAAUGGCCCUUUAUAUGAAAACUGUGGUAGCUUCCCAGGUUCCUCCUGAGCUGCAUACUUUUUUUGUAGCAGCAGUUGAUAAAGGAAACAUGAGAACCAUGCCAACUAAAUGCAUGCCUGCCUCACCUCAUCCCACGCCCGGUGCCCUUCUCAUCGGAGACGCACUCAAUAUGCGUCACUCAUUAACCGGAAGUGGAAUGACUGUGGCUUUGGCUGAUAUUGUUCUCUUAAGGAAUCUACUUAGACCUCUGCAUGAUCUGCACAAUGCUUCUGCUAUUUGCAAAUAUCUUGAAUCAUUCUACACUCUCCGCAAGCCUAUGGCAUCUACGAUAAACACAAUAGCUACAGCAUUUCCCAAAGUGUUUGGUGUAUCUCCUGACCCUGCUAUGAAGGAAUUGCAACAAUCAUUUCUUGAUUAUUUGAGCCUUGGAAGAGUUUUCACAGAGGGACUAGCAUCUCUCCUCGCUGGUCUAAAUCCUCGUCCAUUGAGCAUGGUUCUCCAUUUCUUCGCGGUGGCUAUGUAUGGCGUUGGCCGACUUCUGAUACCAUUUCCUUCUCCGAAACGGAUAUGGAUUGGAGCAAGGAUGAUUUCAGGUGCAUCAGGUGUCCUUUUCACCACUAUCAAGGCUGAAGGAGUAAGACAAAUGUUCUUCCCAGCAAUGGUGCCAGCAUAUUAUAGAGUCCCUCCUGUCUAUUAAGCAUAUUACAAGAAAGGCAUGGAACAUGUACAAACAGUUCCCACAUUCUUUGUACUUGUAGUGUUCCAUUAUUUGGGAAAAAAAUAGAAUAAGAUAGCAGACUCCUUACUAUGAUUCGGCAAAAUAAUUUUUACAAAUGUAAAAUUUGAAGAGGAAAACAUUUUUGAAAUGUAUCAGCCUAUGAGCUGCCCUAUGUUUUCUUUUA